GGCGGAAGACGUGGAACUCGGACGAUUGCGCAUUUUUGGGGCAAACGAUGAACUUGUCGUCGCAGCUUCGCCUACAGUGUACAUGGAAUCCUCAGGCACUGGUCGACGGGCAUCCUUGGCCCUCGCCCCCUCCGAGAUCGGAGAAAUGGCACAGAGCGGCGGCCUCCAUCGUCACCACUACCACGAUGAGAGAUCGGGCCAAGAAUCGCAAACCCAACCAGAGAGGCCGCUACCUCAGCAUCGAGGCUAUACAGGCCGUGCAGGCUCUCAAGCGAUCCGGAUCGGUCCUCGGCGACCCACUGGAGCGCGUCCUUGCCUGUAAAGUUCGGCGAUUGAUCAAGGGCGACAUGGUCGCCGUCCUCCUCGAGCUCCAGAGUCAGAGGGAGGGACUAUUGGCGCUCAAGGUAUUUGAGGAGGUUCGCAAGGAACAUUGGUACAAACCCCAAUUAUUAUCAUACAAUAAUAUGAUCGAACUACUUGCAUCUUGUAGUUUACCUGAGGAAGCCGAGCAGGUGUUCUCGUAUCUAAAGACGGAGCAUUUGGGUGCUGAUACUGAGGGUUUUAAUUCACUCUUGAAGACCUUAUUGGAGUUUGGUUUUAUAGCUUCCGCCAUGGACUGCUUUCGGUUGAUGAAAUUGUGGGAGAGCGAACCUGAUGAAUCGACGUAUUCAAUAUUGAUCAACGGCUUGAAGGCUAAAGGAGAGACAGAUCUUUCUAUGUCGAUAAGACACGAAGCAGAGCAACACAUGGGCGGGUCGUUGGAGUUUAUAGUGCAGAACUGAGAAAUGCCUGUACUCUUGAGCUUAAGAGGGCGUAUUCAAUGUUACUUUUAAUUACUUUGAAUGUUACUUUUAAUUCCUUUGACUUUUAUAGAUUUUAAAAAUCUAAGUGUAUUUAAUCUAGAUUUUUAUAAAUUUUAUAGAAAUCUAGUGGUAUUCAAA